AAUGCAUGGUCUUGGAGAUGAUUUUAUUAUUGUUGAAUUCGAUAAUCUUGAAGAGAAUCAAUUAGAUUAUAGUUCGUUAGCUGUUCAAGUAUGUGAUAGAAAGUUUGGAAUUGGUGCCGACGGAUUAAUUAUUGCUAAUCCACCAGAAAUGAAAUUAAUACAGUUUCAAAUGCUAGUUGGAGAAUAUUUAAUUCUGACGGAUAAUACCAAGUACAGGAAACUGUUGAUUAAUACUCUUUCCGGUGUAAUUCUAUGGGAAAUUUUAGACGAUGGACAAAUUAGGGUGGACAUGGGUCCGCCUAUUUUACAAUCAUCCAACGUUCAAGCAGAAGUUUUAAGGACAAAUAUAAAAAUAAAGGAUAAAGAAUUUCCAAUCAAUUUGAUCAGCAUGGGAAAUCCUCAUUGCGUAAUUUUCACCAAAGAGGAUACUGAUAGUCUUGCUAUUGAAUAUGGUCCAAAAAUAGAAUGUCAUAGUAUUUUUCCAUUGAAAACAAAUGUAGAAUUCGUUAAUAUAAUUUCGAAUAAUCGUAGUAAAAUAAGUAUUUGGGAAAGAGGUUGCGGUAUUACAAUGGCUUGCGGUACAGGAGCUUGCGCAUCAGUUGUAGCAGCAGUUUUAAAUAAAUUAACAGAAGAAUCGGUAAUUGUUGAUUUACCAGGUGGUCAAUUAAAAAUUGAUUGGAAUGGUUGUGAAAAUUCAAGUGUCUUUAUGACCGGAAAUGCUGAAUUUGUAUGUUUCCAAUUAACUGAUUUGUUAGAGAGAAACUGA